AACUUUAGCAUCCUGCUUUGCUUAUGAACCUGAUAUUUUAACAUGAAGAAGCCGCACAUUUUUUGGUUUCUUACCAAAGAACCCAGCACAUGCCAGGCCUCGAAUGAACGUGUGUUUGCCACAUGCAGAAUGUAGAGCAUUGCAUUUUGAGCAUUUGCUUACCAUCACCCCCAACAAAUAGUUUUAUAUUGACUUUUCAUUUCCUAUCAGCCAGGCAAACACCCCUUUCACAACUGAUUGGCUUGUUCUGGUGGUGGAGAUUUCACCAGUAUAUAAGUACUAUCUUAGCAAAUUAGAGGGGAAUAUUGGAACAUAUUUGUGACUGAUGCUUUCAGGAAUGGAGACCUGAGGGAAAGAGUUUAGUGCAUACUGGAGAAAAGAGAUUAUAAACCUCUGUUGUACUACAUGAUCUAGGAGCCGUUUAGCCAGAGAUCAAACGUGGUGGAAAUUAUUACACACACACACACACACACACACACACACACACCAAUUCAACAACGGGUUGUUCUUUAUCUUUGUUGAAAUCUGAGAAGAAAUAAAGCCCAAAGGCCUCUCUAUUCAACCAGCACUUAAAAUCGCCAUGGCGGAUGAUGGACGGACAUGACCAUGCUUGUGAUGGGGACAGCUCAUGGGAAGAAAAGAGCUCUUAACUGUAGCAACCUUCUCUGUCAAGAAUGGUGACAGUCGCUGCCUGCAGGCAGGUUUGCCUAGUUGGCUUCACCGGAACCUUUCUUUGAGCCGUUUCAGCUGCCGGCCUUCAGAUGCUGAAAUUGAACUAGACACAGCCAAGUGUGUGCCCUUUUAGGAGCUCCGGCAGAGCCAGAGGCGACAGUGCCACCAGCAGAGAUGACAAAUUGAAGACUUCACUCAAAGGCGGCAGCUGGCGGCUCCGGCUCGGGCAGCGGCGGCGGCGGCGGCGGCGGCUUCCGGAGUCCCGCGGCGAAGAUGCUGAAAGUCACCGUGCCCUCCUGUUCCUCCUCGUCCUGCUCCUCGGUCACCGCAGGUGCCCCGGGGUCUGGGAACCUCGUCCCGGAUUACUGGAUCGACGGCUCCAACCGGGAUGCUCUGAGCAAUUUCUUCGAGGUGGAGUCGGAGCUGGGACGGGGUGCUACAUCCAUUGUGUACAGAUGCAAACAGAAGGGGACCCAGAAGCCCUAUGCUCUCAAAGUGUUAAAGAAAACAGUGGACAAAAAGAUCGUAAGAACCGAGAUAGGAGUUCUUCUGCGCCUCUCGCACCCGAACAUCAUAAAACUGAAGGAAAUAUUUGAAACCCCCACGGAGAUCAGUCUGGUCCUGGAGCUUGUCACGGGAGGAGAACUGUUUGACAGGAUUGUAGAAAAGGGAUAUUACAGUGAGCGGGAUGCUGCAGAUGCCGUGAAGCAAAUCCUGGAGGCCGUGGCGUACCUUCAUGAAAAUGGCAUUGUCCACCGUGACCUCAAGCCAGAGAAUCUCCUCUAUGCGACUCCAGCCCCAGAUGCACCUCUCAAAAUUGCUGAUUUUGGACUUUCUAAAAUCGUGGAACACCAAGUGCUUAUGAAGACAGUGUGCGGGACCCCAGGAUACUGCGCCCCUGAGAUCCUCCGAGGCUGUGCCUACGGACCCGAGGUGGACAUGUGGUCUGUAGGAAUAAUCACCUAUAUCUUACUUUGUGGAUUUGAACCAUUCUAUGAUGAAAGAGGUGACCAGUUCAUGUUCAGGAGAAUUCUGAAUUGCGAAUAUUACUUCAUCUCCCCCUGGUGGGAUGAAGUAUCUUUAAAUGCCAAGGACUUGGUCAGAAAGCUGAUUGUUUUGGAUCCCAAGAAACGGCUGACUACAUUUCAAGCCCUCCAGCACCCAUGGGUCACAGGUAAAGCGGCCAACUUUGUACACAUGGAUACUGCCCAGAAGAAGCUCCAAGAGUUCAACGCUCGGCGCAAGCUUAAGGCAGCAGUAAAGGCUGUGGUGGCCUCUUCUCGGCUGGGGAGUGCCAGCAGCAGCCAUAGCAGCCUCCAGGAGAGUCACAAGGCCAGUCCAGACCCAUCUCCAACCCAAGAUGUCAAGGACAACACAGCUCUUCUGGGAGAGACCAUGCAAGAGGAUCAAGCCGCAGCGGAGGACACGGCCGCCGAGACGAGGAAGCUGCAGUCCAAGGAGAGGGAGGGAGGUGCAGGUGUCGAAGAGGAGGCCCCCGGGACGGUGCCUCAGGCCCUGGAGGAUGGCUUGAAGACAGAUGACCUGGCCAUGACGAGGAGCUCAGGGGAGAAGCUGAAGUCUAUGGAGGAAGAAAUGGACCCCAAAGCAGAGGAAGGAGCCCCUGAGGUGGGACUUGGGGUUCCAAAGCAGGAUGCCAUUUUGCCAGAGUACUGAGUUGGCUCUCCUUAGGUUCAUAGAUCAGCUGGUCGGGGAGCAUGGUAUGCACUAUAGUGAUUCUGUGUGGAGGUGCAAAAAAAAAACCCAUAUAUACCAGUUGGUAAUCCUAAUCUCAGUGCAUGUGUCUGCUUUACGAAAUAAUGGUGUUUCUACAGCAUGCAGUGGAUCCCUGAUACCGAUGAAUUCAAUUUGAAAUUCCCAGCCAACAACACGACACUUGAAAACAAACCCUCUCAGCCUUUGGUGGCACAUGCUUAGAGUGAAAUGAAAAACAUUUUUCUUGGAAUGCUUAGAAGUCUUCAGAGAUGCUCAUUCCUUUGAACUCACCUCAAACCAAGACACAUUCCCAUGAUGCUCCAAGCCCUUUCAGUGGGUUCAGCUGGUAGAUGGGAUGGUUACAAAAGAUACCUGGAGAGUGUCCAAAAUCUCCUGCAGUGUCGAGACGUUGAAGCAUUCUUAGGCCAUGAGUACACAGCCCCCUUAAGUGUGUGUAGAGAAUGUCUCCUUUUUAUUUGUACAUAUGCUAUAUGAGAUUACUCAAAAUAGUCAUCAUAAAAUUCUGCCAGUUUACAGUUUUUAGGAAAUUAUUGAUUAAACUGUGCCGUUUCUUUCCCUCACUUGCUUCUUCAUUAAAAGGCCCCAUCAGAUGUAUGCAACCUAGGUAAGAAUAAGAAAUUUAAGUAAAAUGAUACCUAAUUGGGACUUGGACAUACCAAGAUUAAUUCCUUUUUAUUUCUCACAUAGAUUUGCUUUUGUAAGCUCAUAUAAUAUUUUGCAUUUAAGGAUGUUUUUUUCAGUGGAAAUUACAAGUUUCACGUUCUGGAAAAGUCAGUUGUGCAAAUUGGUGCCAAAAUGUCUGAAUGUAGAAAGAACAAUACAUUCCAUUGUUAGAUAAUUUACUAUUGAUGUUACUAGAGUAAGAAAAUGUUUGCAGAAGCAUUCUCCUCUCCAAUUAUGUAGACAUAUUGUUCAUAAGUUUAAAAUUCAUUGUGAAAACUAGUGUCUUUUCCUCACACUUAGAAUGGAAGAUGCAUAUUUUAUGGUGAUGAAACUUUCCAUAUCAAGGAAUUUAGCACAGUGUCAGCUUUUAUUUGUCUUAAAAAUAAGCAAAAACAAAACCAAAAAAGUGAAAACACAUCUUAAACCAGACUUCAGGGAGGGUUAAGCAUUAGACCUUAAUUAGCAUGUUUUUUCCCCUCAGAAUAAAAACGUUUUCUUUGGUUCAUAGAAAUUACACUAAAUCCCAUAUCAGAUUUCUUGAGUGAAAAAAUUAACACUUAUUAAAACAACCGUUUCACA